ACCAAAACAUCAAUUACUUGCUUGAUUAAUUUUCUGAAAUACUCUCAUUAUUAUUAAGUCUUUCUAAUUCAAAAAUUAUAAUGUCUGGUUGUGGUUCUAGCUGUGGUUGCGGUUCUAGCUGCAGUUGUGGCAACGGUGGAGGGUGCAGCAUGUACCUUGAUUUGGAGAAGUCCACUACCUUUACCAUCAUCGAAGGAGUUGCACCUAUGAACAACAAGGGAAUGGUUGAAGGAUCAAAUGAGAAAGCAACAGAAGGAGGAAAUGGGUGCAAGUGUGGAUCAAGCUGCAACUGUGACCCUUGCAACUGUUGAAGUUAUACUAUAUGGAUAUGAAAAAAAUAAAUUAUGUUUAUGUAUUUAUUAUCAAGUGUGUUAUGUAAUAUUGUGUUGUAUAAUGUUUUGAAUAAGACUAUAGCCAUGUAAUUAAUAGUGUGGGAUGCUACUGUACUAUACUCUCGUGGCUUUUGUGUUUUGGUUAUUUAAUUUGAUGUUUGUUUGAAGGUGGCUUAUUAUCUGAAUUGUAACACAAACCUUAUUAAUGUGCAAUAUAUAAGUUAUCUCCUUCAUUCUAACAUAA